GUUUUCGGUGGUCAAAAGCAGCUGCGGCGAAUCACUGCUAUUCAGACGGCGGAGCCAAUGUCUAUCUCAGCUCUCAACUCUUACCUCCCAAAGCCAUGCCCGCCGCCGCGCCCCUGUGCCAGACCGCCGCGAGCCACCUCUACCAAACACUUCUCCCACCCCCCAACACUCGCAACCCUCUCAGACCCCCACGUUCUCCGCCUUGCAGAGACUCUCGAGGACUCUAUUGCCUCCUCCUCCUCCUCCUCCCCUCCUCCGCCGCUCCAGAAGCUCAGGGACAUCUCCUCCCAAUCCCUCCUCACCACGCCCUGGCCUUCUAGAAAAGACGAGCCCUUUAGGUUCACAGACACUUCCUUCAUCAGGAAUUCCCAAAUUCAUCCCGUAACCCUAGCGCCUACGCAGAAUUUGGACGCGCUAAGCGGUUUUUCCGAUUCAAUUUCCCCUAAUAUUGCAAUAAUUGACGGUUAUUUGGUGGAAUCGUUGUCGAAUUUAUCCGAAUUGCCCGAUGGGGUGUUUGUUGGGAGGCUAUCGGAUCUCCAUUCGAAGGGGUUGAUGGAGAAGGUGUCGAAAUACGUCUCCAAUUUUCAAGGGGACUUGUUUUGGUCUCUCAAUGGUGUGGGUGCUCCUGAUGUGGUUCUUGUGUAUGUGCCUGAGGGCUGCAAGGUUGAUAAACCGUUGCACUUGAGAUUCUUUUCGAUGAAUAGGAGCUAUAAGGGCUCGAAAUCUCUGCCAAUUUCGAACCCGAGAGUGCUGGUUUUGGUUGAGAAAGGUGGGGAUAUUGGUAUAGUCGAGGAGUAUGUUGGUGGAGAUGGGGAUGACAGAUGUUAUUGGACGAAUUCAGUUAUGGAGAUCGUUGUUAGCGACGGGGCAAAGGUCAGCCACUCGUACAUCCAAACACAGUCAUUAGGUGCUGCACAUGUUAAGUGGACUUCAGUUUGCCAGGGAUCAAAAAGUGUCUAUGAGCUAACUGAAGUCAGCACUGGUGGAAAACUGAGCCGGCACAAUGUCCAUGUGCAGCAAGAAGGGCCAGAUACUGUAACAGAGUUAUCAUCAUUUCACUUGUCAAUCGGUGAUCAGCUGCAAGACUUGCAUAGUAAGCUUGUCUUGGACCAUCCACGAGGUUUCUCACGGCAACUUCACAAGGUUAUUGUAGCACAUUCGCUAGGACAGGCUGUUUUUGAUGGAAAUGUUCAAGUCAACAGAGAAGCCCAACAGACAGAUGCAGGACAACUUUCGAGGAGCCUCCUUUUGGAGCCUCGAGCAACUGUGAAUGUGAAACCGAACCUCCAAAUCAUAGCGGAUGACGUUAAAUGCUCCCACGGAGCUGCAAUCAGUGAUUUGGAAGAAGACCAGCUCUUCUACUUCCAAGCACGUGGGAUUGACAAGUCUGCAGCAAGAAAAGCUCUGAUUUUUUCAUUCGCAGCUGAGGUUAUAGAACAAUUCCCUGAUGCUACUCUCCAAAAGAAGGUUGGAAAUCUUAUUACAGCAUUGCUCACUCCUGCACUUCCUUCAAGUUAGUGGUUCAGCACAUGCUGCUAAAAACUGGAACAGAUUAUGGCAGGAUUGUUUAAGGAAAACGAUAACAAAAUUCAUAUUGUCGAAAUGUGACUGAGAUUUGUGUUUUUCUGUUUUUCCUUACAUACCAAACAAAUCAACAGUAUAUAGGAUUUAUGAAAAUAAUGAAUAUUGGUACUUUGGUGUGUGUGUAGGCAGGGCAACUACUGUCUCCAUUUGUAUCUAUAUGAAGCUAGAAUAAAUAAAUAAAUUCUGUUUCUCAGCA